UCUGUUUUGUUUUACCUUUCCCUCAGGGCAUGGGAGUGGCAGCCAUUACCACACAACCCACCCCUGGUGGCCCAUCAUCUGUAUACACAUCUCAACAGCAAAGUGCUGGAAUCAAAACCUGGCCAUUGCAUGCCGUGAGACACCUAUACUGGGUGAACAAAAUAACCAAAUUCAAUCCACUGAGCUGUCAACUGCAGUAAGUAAUUCUGAUGUACCUGCUGCCAGACAAGAGGAGAGUGUCUCAACUAUAUCACGGAAGCACACAACUCUGCCUCCCCAGGUUGAACAGGAUGAAAAGGCAUUAAAAACACAGGAUUCACCAGAUAUAGCUAAACUCCAUGUACAAGUGGACUGGCCAGAUAAGAAACCCCCCUUGAAAUGGGGAAAGAACCUGCAGACCUCCCUGCAGACUUUAUUCAACACGACAAAUGAAUACAUUCAGCAAAGAUAUGAAAUUAAGAAUCUCUGCUUUUUGGAUGCCUAUUUUUCAGCCAACAUGACUGUGAGCCCUUCAGCAGCCAAACAUGCUCUGCUAGAGCUAAAGUCAGCAACAUUGAACUUCAAAGGCACUGGAGAGGUGACAGUGCAUUUUAAAGAAGCACUCCCAGCACCACAUGGCCCUGCCUUUAUGGACACACAUCAACAAAAGUAUACGCAGCAAAAGCCAGACGAGGCACAAUCAUCACAAGAGAUCCCAAUGGCUGUGACGGCGAAAUUGGACCUGCGGAAAUAUGAUCCGAAGCAUCAAAAAGAACUCCUGAGGAAAUUUCCACAAUAUAGAAGAGACAGUCAUACUCUCCAAAUAGAUGGGUCAUUUGAAGAUGUAGCACAAUUCCACAAGGAACUUAAUGAAGCUCUUGGGAAGCCAGUGACAGCCACCAGCAAUUUGACUGCCUCCAAUGAUCUCAUGGACACCAGUGCAGCGCCUUUGAGAGUGCCCGUGUUUCAGUACUGGCACUUGAAUAAUUUACAGAGCAAGGAAAUAAAACGCAUUGAAAAGAACAAUGGCGUGAACAUCAAAACUGAUGUCUGGAUCUCAUUUGAAGAGGCUGAUGCAACUAACACCCAGGCAUGUGUCGCUGCUUCUCAGGAAUUUACCGACCUCUUCCAGACACAUGCUACAGACAUUAUCAGUGUUCCUGUGCCAGGUGGCUAUGAGUCAGUGAAGAACUUUGUGUCCCUGGAUCCCAAACUCACGCUGCAAAUGUCUUCUGGGACCUGGAGCUUAAUAGGGCCACGUGCUAGUGUCAACACGGUCCAGAAACAAUGGAACCCUACUACCAGCCUGGAUGAGUCAAACCCGAAGAGAUCUGAGGGAAGACCUUUGGAUCCAUUACCAAACAACAAUCUCCCUGCAGGAUCUAGAUGGGGCGGACCAAAAGACAUCGAGAUGGACAUCAAGGACCCUCUCAAGACCAAUGGGUUAUGCAUUAGUCACAUACAUUGGGAGCUCAUGAAGAAAGCAUUUGAGAAGCAAAUGAAGGACAUCAAGAAUAAAUUUGCUGUGGACAUCCAAGAGACAACUAUCCACGGUAAUGUAACUGUCCGUGCCAGGUCUACUACAGGCGUUCAGAUAGCUUAUCUAGAGAUGAACGCCCUUAGGGCAUUGAUGUCCCUCUAUCAGAAGGUUGUCAUGAGUGUGAUGAGCUGCCCUUUGCAAAACAAAUCUCACAAUCAGGAAGAUUGUGUAAAAAAACACCUGGAUGACGUCAAGAAACAGCACCCAUCUCUAGCAGUCAUGGAUGAGAUAUCCUCUGAUGGUGCUUGGGAAUUGGUUGGCUUGCGAGAUCACCUGUGCUUUGCUAUAAGUGAGAUAGAGGAGAAACUUCAUGGAUCUGCCUUUGACCCACAACACAAGGAAAUGAUUGGGUAUGAGCAAACAACUGCAAAGUUCAUGGGACCAUUCACUCUGGGCUCAGAAUCAGGAAUAGCUGUGGGCUAUAAAGAUGACAAGUGGGUAAAGGACACAGCAUUUGGAGGAGUACAUCUAGAUGGUUUUGGACAACAAAGAGGAGCAGAUUGGGGAUAUGAAAGCCACGAAAGAGACAGAAGACAACAGGGAUGUUCAGUGGAUAGUCCAAGUAACAGUUUCUUUGAAGGCAAUGGGCAGAAACCAGGAGAAGCCAGAGGAAUGGAAAGUGGUGGAUACAGAAUGUCGGGAGAUGGGGAGAAAAGGGGAGGUUCAGGAGAAGCACGACACGAUGACCCAAGAGCGCAUAUUGCAGGGAAAGAUGGUGGUGGACCUGCAGAAGAAGAGAACUGCCCCAUUUGCAUGGAUGUGUUCACUGAUAAAGAGAAGCUGUCCUGUGGUCAUGGCUUUUGUAAAGACUGUCUCAGACAGUCUGUGGAAAGUUUGGGCGCCACCUGCCCAGUUUGCAAAAAGGUGUUUGGAAAAAUUGAGGGAGACCAGCCAUUUGGAACGAUGACUCACCGCAUAGACAAAUAUACUCUUCCAGGCUUUAAACGGUGUAACACCAUUGUCAUUGACUAUAACAUUCCCAGUGGCACUCAGUCGAGCAGACACCCCAAGCCUGGACGGCCAUUCCAGGGUGCACAUAGAACGGCUUACUUGCCAGACAACAACGAAGGGAGAGAGGUCCUUGCACUUUUGAAGAGAGCAUUUGACCAGAAGUUGAUAUUUACUGUAGGAACUUCACGUACCAGUGGCCAGGAUGACUGUGUCACAUGGAAUGAUGUCCACCACAAAACCUCCACCAGUGGGGGACCACAGAGCUUUGGCUACCCAGAUGAUGACUAUCUCAACAGAGUGAAAGAUGAACUGAAAGCCAAAGGAAUUACAACACUUGAGAAGGUGAAGAAGAAGACACUGGAGCAAAUUCUGGAGAGGCAGAGGAAUCUGGUGCAUCUGAGACAUGAUGUAACAUCUCAUGAGGAGUCUACAGACAGGUCUGUGAAACAUAGUGUAAAAAUCUUCAGUGAGUUACUGAAGUUCAUCAGCUCAAAGGGCACCGAGGUGAAUGAGAUGAUUAAAGACCAGCAGGGGGCAGCAGUUAGCCGAGCUGAACCAGUCAUCAAGUGUCUGGAACUGGAGAUCAAGUCAAUAGCAGGAAAUGAUGGAGAUGGAUCCGCAGAAUAUGAGGUCUGCCCCAUUUGCAUGGAUGAGUUCACUGAUAAAGAUAAGCUGUCCUGUGGUCAUGCUUUCUGUAAAGACUGUCUCAGACAAGCGGUGGAAAGUUUGGGUGCUAGCUGCCCAGUUUGCAAAAAGGUGUUUGGAAGAAUAGAGGGAGACCAGCCAUGUGGAACGAUGGUUCACCGCAUACAGAGGUUUCCUCUUCCAGGCUUUAAACGGUGUGACACCAUUGUCAUUGACUAUAACAUUCCCAGUGGCACUCAGUCGCACAAACACCCCAAGCCUGGACGGCCAUUCCAGGGUGCACAUAGAACGGCUUACUUGCCAGACAACAAGGAGGGGAGAGAGGUCCUUGCACUUUUGAAGAGAGCAUUUGACCAGAGGUUGAUAUUUACUGUAGGAACUUCACGUACCAAUGGCAUGGAUGAUAUGGUGACAUGGAGUGACAUUCACCAUAAAACCUGCACCACUGGGGGAAAACAGAGCUUUGGCUACCCAGAUGAUGACUAUCUCAACAGAGUGAAAGAUGAACUGAAAGCCAAAGGAAUUGAAUGAAGAAACGACUGA